AUUUGUUUUUUUUUUAUUUAUUUUCUUCUUCUUUAUCUUUUUUAAUUUAUAGACCAUGUCCGCUGCCAUUAGACGUCAAGUUAUGAGAGGUAUUACCUCUACCGCUCGUAUGAGUGCUACUAGAGCUACUCCUACUCUUGUCAAACAGGUUGCUGCACGCGCUUUCACCUCUACCAGUGCACCCAAGUUCAUUGCUCUUCGUACUUUGGCUAACCAAGUUUCUGGCAAGGACUCCAGACUUUAUAGCUCUGCUGCUUUCCCCGCUCAUAAUGUGAUUGCUAUGCCUGCUUUGUCUCCUACUAUGACUGCUGGUGGUAUUGGUGUAUGGAAUAAGAAGGUUGGAGAUGAGAUUCAACCCGGUGAUGUUUUAGUAGAAAUCGAGACUGAUAAGGCUCAAAUGGAUUUUGAAUGUCAAGAGGAAGGUUUCCUUGCAAAGAUCUUGGUUGAUUCUGGAGCCAAGGAUAUCAGUGUUGGUCAGCCUAUUGCUGUCUUGGUCGAAAAUGAAUCUGAUGUUGCUGCUUUCGAGAACUUUUCUCUCGACGAUGCUGCUGCACCUGCCUCUGCACCUGCUGCUGCUGAGCCUGCUGCUGCUGAGCCUGUCAAAGAAGAAGCCAAGACUGAAAGUGCUCCUACCGAGUCCAAGUCUGAAGCUACUUCCUCUCACGGUGGUCGUGUCUUGGCCAGUCCUCUGGCUAGAAAGAUUGCCGAUGAACGUGGACUCGAUAUCUCCCUUGUCAAGGGUACCGGUCAUUCUGGUAUUGUUACCAAGGACGACGUGGAAGGUUACAAGGCUCCUGCCCCUGCUGCUGCUGGUGCUCCUGCUCCUGCUAGUGCUAGUACCUCUGCACCUGCACCUGCCCAAAUCCCCAGUGCUUAUGCUCCUCAAGGAGUUUCUGGAGCUGCAUACACGGAUAUUCCUACCACCAGCAUGAGAAAGAUCAUUGCUUCUCGUUUGACCGAAUCCAAGCAAAGUGUUCCUCACUACUAUGUGACAGUAGAGAUUAACAUGGAUAAGACCAACAAGUUACGUGAAGUACUCAACAAGUCUGCCGAAGGAAAGUAUAAGCUCUCGGUCAAUGAUUUUGUGAUUAAGGCAUCUGCACUUGCUUUGAAGCAAGUUCCCGAGGUCAAUGCGGCAUGGCAAGGUGAUUUCAUCCGUCAAUACAAUUCAGCGGAUAUUUGUGUUGCUGUUGCUACACCCAGUGGAUUGAUUACACCUAUUGUGGGAUCUGCCGAGACAAAGGGACUUUCGAGCAUCAGUUCUCAAGUGAAAGAUAUGGCUAAACGUGCUCGUGAUGGUAAACUUUCUCCUGCUGAAUACCAAGGUGGAUCCUUCACUAUUUCCAACUUGGGUAUGUUUGGCGUAAAGAACUUUACUGCGAUUAUCAACCCUCCUCAAUCCUGUAUUUUGGCUGUCGGAGGAGCUCAACAAAAGGUUGUUGCUGAUGAGACUACUGAAAGUGGAUUUGCAGUUCGUGAUGUUAUGGAGGUUACUUUAAGUGCUGAUCAUCGUGUUGUGGAUGGUGCUGUUAGUGCUACUUGGUUACAAUCCUUCAAGGGUUUCAUGGAGAACCCUCUCAAGAUGAUGUUGUAAGCUAGAAAAGAAAGUAAAAAAAUAAAUAAAGAUAAAAGUGUCUUAUUUCACUAUCCCCACCCUUUCAACAUCUCUCUAUACACCCCCUCCCCUUUUCAUCCCCCCACACAUAUAUUUUUAAAUAAAGUUGAACUUGUUUAUCAUAA